AUGGCAGCUCGUUAUGAGAGCAAAGCUCACGGAUUACAACAGCCACCAAGUACAUUCCAACCUUCCCAGGCGAGUUUCGGCCCGGAAAGCCGUGGGCAUCGCUCAAGGAUGCCUUCGCGCGAAGGGUUUGGCUUGCCUGCCCGCCCUUCCUCUCCUGUCACUCGUCGUAGACCCGAGUCCAUCGACGACCGCAAUCAGCACCGGAACGCUCCGACCUAUAGACACUCCCCAAAGACGCCACCAAAGAGGACGACUUCGGUGCCCCACACCUUUGUUACUCCACCUUCGGCCGACAAUCCGUACCCUCGAACAGAGGCAGCGACCAGGACGCGUAGCACUCCGCACUCCCGCACGGCCCUGUCCAGCGCAAUGUCGAGAUGCCGAUCGAGCCCCGGUCAGGAGACGAGUGUGCAAGCUUUGGCUGCUCUGGCGACAUCGGCCGAUAUGUCUCGCCUCGCCAAUCUCUGUUCUCCACGCUCCCCACGCCUUCGUCCAGCAUCGCUCAACGCCAGCAGCGCCGGCCAAUUGGGUGCACCGCUAAGCCCUGAGCGCAACGGACCUCACGUGAAGCACGUGCCAAUCGCUUCGGGAGCGGUGAUUCCGAACCCUUCUGCACCCGAAUCGCCAGAGAGCGACAGGACAAGAUUCCCUUGGAAUAUCCGCCUAUGGAAUGCGAGUCUCCCGGCACUCGACUCUGCAUUGCUACCAGACUCUCCCCCCAAACGUAAGCCAGAAAGCCCAGAGUUCUCGGGUGGAAUCGAAGACUUGAAGCCUCAGGUGAAAAGUAAAUCGCCACCUGCCCGCCGUCAACGAGCAGUCAGCGAGUGUGUCAGCUUAGGCUUGGGCCCCGCUUUCGAAGAUGAUCCGUCUGAGCUGGCAACGAAGCGACAGUCACUGGGUGCUGCUCAAGGCACGCCACCUUUCGAUGCCCCUCGCGGUCCAAGACGCCGUAGCCCAUCCGGUACAUUUCGAAGAAGGGUUGGAUCCGGCUUUCCUAGCCUUUCAAAGGCUGAUGGAGAAAGCCGUGGCGGUCAGAACAGUCCCCGCACACCCCCACUGUCUACCCUACUGAACAACUUUCGUCCAUCCGGUCUCGGGCUUGCUAUCGCAGGCACCACCCCUGCCUACAAACUUCAUCGUGAGUUCAAACCCUCUUGUUGCCGCGCUUCACAAAGACUGAUCUCUUCAUCGCCUUGCAACAUUUUCAGAGCUCCCCAGCCUGACUGACUCGCCGCUCUCUAGCACUAGCUCGGUCCCUAGCAUCGUCAUCACGCCUCCCGCGGCUUUGACGAUUCACUCUCCUUCGCAGCUGUGCUCACCUCUUGGCAAAGCCACGUUACACUCACACGAAGAUGAUCACAACUCUUCUCCCUGGUUCAAGACUGCGCUUGAUCUAGGGGCGCAAGCGUCCCACACGCACGCCGAGCCAGGGAGCUCUUCAAAGUUGUUGGAAAGUAGCCCAGGAGAACUGGUACCGUCAAUCAGCGAGCCGCGUUCGACUUCUUCGCCGGCGGCCGAUGUGCAUCCGAAGCUUCAAUUGGAACUCUCAGCAGAAGCCCGGCAGACUCGGCACCUGCAAGAUGAGACCGCGUUCUCCGCCUUCGCAUCACGCAUCGAUGAGCGGCUGUCUGCCUUUUUCCAAUACAGAGAGGGAGCGGAUGUGGAGCAAAUAGUGCGACGAGCCCGAAUUUGGAUGCUAGACGCCGUAGGAAUGGACUUGUCCAACACAAUGCCCCACAUGCGUCUGCCAAGCAUUUGUCUCAUGCCGAGCCUGAUGCGCAUCAGGUGGAUCGACUGCGGUGAUCGAAAGGAGUGGGUGCCUGCCGAAGUGGCCGUGGCAUGGUACGAUGCUGCGUGCAACCGCGUGAUGGAGCACUUUGUGUCCGGCAUCUUUGCAAUGCUCAACGAGUGAGUUCUGAUCGAGCCGCGUGCCGAGGACUAUGCGCUGAAUCUAGACCGCGUACAAACUUCCAUUGCCGCUCUACAGUACUCGAGCACCCAGAGACUUGGCCGCUGGUCUAGCUCUAAUGAUCAGCUUGCUUCGCGUGGAUAUGGUCGCCCCUCAUCCAGCCACAGACGUGGAGGCCGAGGAGACGGAUGCAGCGCCUGGAACAGAUCCGUCGUCAGACAUUCUCGCACCUUUCGGCCUAGCCCCGAGCCCAGUGCUUUUGUCGGAUUGCUUUGCACCUCCCUCUGUUCAUCCCGAUGCCGGGUGCCGAUCUACAGAAGGUAAUAGCUUGGGACUUUGGGGACACGCGAUGCUCGAGAGCAGCCCACGCCCCUCUCCGAUCAGCAUUGCGUAUCUGCAUCCUGGCCAGGCGUUGAUGACCACGGUACAGACGACGAUCGAGGCGGUUCUUGAACGCGGGGUAGCGGUCCGCGAAAAAGCUUGCAUGCUCAGCGUUCCUUCCAACCCUCGGCGUAAGACUAGAAAGCAGGUUGCCGCCGCGGCCGCUGCAGCAGCCGCAGCAGCAGCCGCUUCAACGGCGGAAGGAAGCUCCAUAGAAGGCGAGCAGGAUGCCAGUGGAAGCACCCUAAGCGACGCAACACUGCACUCGGCGAAUGCUGAGCUCAAUGAUUUGGAAAUGGCUACCAAGGGCGAAAUCACGGCUGAUGAGCUGCGAAGAAGGGAGCUCACUCGCGCCAUCGUCGGCUCCAGCAAAGAUCGUUUCUGCAGCAUGCACGUGAUGCGCUUUGUUGGAGAGGUGAGUGACAGGCGUCCGCAGGACCUUGCAGCGCGGCGCGAGAGCUGAUAGAGUGUUGCUUCACACUCCUUAGCUGUAUCAACGUCGAGUGCUAGACUUCGAAACCUUUCAGGCAUGGCUCGACCGAACGCUAUUCCAGACGGUCCACUUGGGCAUACCCUCUCGCUUCGAGCUCGAGGCGAGCUGCACAUUGCUCGCGACCGCUGGGGCUGCGCUGGAACAAGCUUCGCGUCUCGCGGGCUGUUGUCAAGUCUCCCAAGAGCCCAAAGCUCAGCCAGUCCCGCAGUGUGGUCUUGGCACCGACGACGUGGCGCCUCGUACUCCUCAGCGGCUAGAGUCCAUGUCUACAUCUUCAUCGCUUCCGAUUCUUUCUCUUCAGUUGAGCAACCUAUCCUCGCCUACAAAUGUGACUGCCGCUCGUCGGGUGGACGGUGCACCACCCAGUCACUGGAUCAACGAGAGUCCUCAAGCCCUGCGGAAGAGUGUCAUGGCCCGCUGGUCUCCCAGAGCCAGCUUUCAGACCCUCUCUUCCUCUCAGAGCUUGCCAUCCUCGCGCGUCACCUCUCCCACCCACGCCUUUGCGCCUCUGUCGCUGGCGCCCGCCAUCAUGUCCCGACAGGUCUCUCUGCCUGGCAAGGUCCCCGCCUCUGCUCCGCCGACCUCGUUGACAUUCGAAACGUGCUGCAACGCCAUUGAACACAUUACUCUCAAAGCGGCGAUGGCUAGAAUCAGAGAGCUCUCCUCGAUACCAGAAUUUGGUACCCAGAGCAGAGGCAUCUGUGAAGUGAGUCGUUGCACUGAGGUUAGGAAGUCCUCGAAACGCAUCGUGUGUGCUGACAUUUGCCUCUGGCUCCUUGCAGUGGCUCCUCUUCACUCGCGCCAAUGAUUGGUCUGUGCCAAGUAGCCCCUCGGCAGCUCAUAGGGUGCCGGGUCCGCCCGGUCUCACUCCACCACCACGUCGAUCCUCGUCGUCCAGAGGAUCUGCAGCACGCGCGCACGCUCUGCCAGCAUCCGACUGA